ACUUCUAUUGACACUGUAUUAUAGUAAAUUCCGAUUUCCACUAUAGUGUAAAUUAGAAAAAUCUGUAUGAUUUUUUUUCUAGUGGAAUUCGGAAUUCCCCUAUAGUGGAAAAUAGAAUCCCAAUUUCCACUAGUUGAAAUUAGAGUAGUCACUUUAUUCUAAUUUGCACUAGUGGAGAUUAGAAUUCCAAUUAGCACUAGUGGAAUUCCGAAUUACCCUGAAUUCCAAUUUCCACUGUCACAUAUAUAUGUAAUCUCUUUCUUAAAAAUUUAAUGUUGAAAAUGACCCUAUGAAAGGAGUCGAAAGCUUCACUGUAUUGUAUUUUAGAAAAAAUAAAAAUAAAAUAAUUGAUGAACUUGUUUGUCUUAUUAUCUCAUUAUUCAACUACAUUUCAUCAAAUAAUGUCGAUAUUUUGAAACGCCUCACCAACAAACAUCGUCGAGGUAUACUGAAAGAGAUUAGACUGUACGAAAAACAAUUUUUAAAAUUAUUGAAAGUAUAAUUCGACUCAGAAUUCUUACGUAUUUCACUAUUAUAUAACCUUACAUCAAAAUUUAUACGUUAUCGGCUGUGGAAUAAGAAAUACAUGCAUAGCCGAAUUUAUAAAACUCACCAACGUCGUUAUUUACAACUUGAAUACCACAAUAAAUGUAAAGAAGCACACAUAAUUCGUCAACAAACAGAAAUAGCUCUUGAAAACAUUAACAAUAAACUAAAUCCAUUUGAACGCAAACUUUUGAAAGAUCACUUUAACAGAAUCAAAGAGAAAGAACAGAAGAAAAUUAAAGAAACUCAUUCAAAGAAAAUAUUUGCUUUAUCCAAUGGAAAUGUUUUAUUACAAGAAACAGAUAUUAAAAAAGUAGUAUACAAUACAUUCUUCUUCUCAAGUUCAUAUUUGAGGUGAUCAAAAGAUUAUUUCACAGUUUCCGAUAGCUGAUAGGCUAAUUUAACACAUUUAUGAAUAUUGACGGCAAAUUCAUUAGCUUGAUCGUUUUGAGCAGCAUUGCUCAUUAUCUAAAACAGUUAAGAGAUGCAAACUGUGAUAAUAAUCCAUGUCUUUUUAAUUUUCAUUAAAAAAUGAGUGAUUCUACGGGUACGUUGACGCUAAAUGUGUAUUUGAAAACACCUUGUACAAACGCAGAUAUACAACAUGUUGAGGUCAGAUUAUGUAAAUAUAAUUCACAACUCUUAACAGGUUUUGAGCUAGAUUACUGUCAAGUGGAUACGGCUGUGUGCCUAUUUAACUGUCUGCUGAUAAUCUGUGUAUAAUGAAAAUGUGACCCAGUUGCACAACUUUCCGGAAAUGUUCUUUUGAUACUGUCUAUUAGUUCCAGCUGAAAGUCAUAUAUGACUAAUAACGGAUUCCAGUUUGGUAUCAACAGUAUUAUUUGCUCAAAGAGCAAGUCGUAACAAGAUUCACUCUCUAAUAGAGCAAACAAGACUGAAACAAAAUGGUUUUGAUGAUUUACAUAGAAAACAUAAAAUUUUGAAAAUGAAUUAGGCACAAUCUCUUGACUACCGUCUAUAUGAAAAUCCAACGAAUCUUUUAGCAAGUUUAACUUCUCAUCUGUAAUACAUAUCGUUAAACAAUUUUCUGAACCUUCUCCCAAAUCAAAAUACAAAAAAUGAUCGAUUUUGGAUGUUUUUGUCUCUACCGCCGCUGAAUCCGUCACCUUCUUUGUCUGAUGAUAUUGUAUCAACCUUUUAAUAUGGUUGAAUUUGAUCUCGGAACUUCAGUUGCGGUAACUACAAGCUUAAUAGCUUAACAGGUAUUCCCUUCUUUGCUUCUUGCCGCCAAGCUCUUUAAAGAAAAAAUCUCAAUCAUUCCUUCAUUUGCUUCACUCAAGUAAACAUCUCAUUUUAAUUAUCUCUAUAAAAGCAUGUCAUGGCAAGUAAUACAUGUACUGUUCUAAAUACAAAUGCUAUUCAAAAUGAUGAUACUACGCAUCAAAAUCAACAUCAAAACGAUAACGAACAAAAUGAUAAUGAAGAUGCUAUAGAUAAUCAGCAUAAUAAUAAUGAUAGCAUAGAUGAUGCUACGGAUGUAAAGCUAUCGGAGACGUCCGAUGAUGAUAGCGCUUCCGGGUCGAACUCCUCUGACAAGCCCGAUGACGAGGAAAUGGACAAAGUUCAUAAAAAACGGACAUCGCGACGUGAUCAUUCACCGAACAAAAAAGAAGUGCAACGUAUCUUGGAUUUGAUAGAACCGAUAUUAAAUAAAUCCAAACCAUUAAAAAUCAAAGCUCUCACACGACCUCAUCUCGAUUUCGAAUUGAAAGAAAUGUUUUCAAAAUUUGCAGUGGUUACAAAAACCGAUGAGGAUUUUAAAUCAGUCCAAGAACGUAUUUUGACUGUUGUUCGUCCACUGACAAAUCUCUGGUCUAAAAUUUUGAAAGUUAAAAAACGUAAAAAGGCAUUAAAACUAGAAAAAAUAGAACCACUAUUGCAACAAACGGCCCUCUUGUUUGGCCAAACUUAUCCACCGAAACAGCCACAUACUGAUGGUAAUGAAAGGUACGAGGACAUCAAUACUUUAAAGUUAAAAACACUGCCAGAGUUUGAAUAG